GUACGUUCCGAGCAGGCCAGCUUUGGGUAUAACGUAAACGGCGCUGCUUCCUUUGCUAACCUCAGAACGGUGGAGGGUUUGUUCUCCAGCUAACGACACUCACCAUGGCGUCCACUGAGAUAGCAAGGCAAGCUGGCGAUGGAGUUCGCGCUGUGCCUCUGGCCGGCCAUGUGGGCUUUGACAGCAUGCCGGACCAGCUGGUCAACAAGUCUGUCAACCGUGGUUUCUGCUUCAACAUCCUCUGCGUCGGUGAGACGGGCCUCGGCAAGUCCACUCUGAUGGACACGCUGUUCAACACCAAGUUUGAGGGCGAGCCCACCCAGCACAACCAGCCCGGAGUGACGCUGAAGUCCAACACCUACGAGCUCCAGGAGAGCAACGUGCGCCUCAAACUGACCGUCGUCAACACGGUGGGCUUCGGAGACCAGAUUAACAAGGAAGACAGCUACAAAUCCAUUGUGGAGUUCAUCGAUGCCCAGUUCGAAGCAUACCUCCAGGAGGAGCUGAAAAUCAAGCGCACGCUACACAGCUACCAUGACACCCGCAUCCACGCCUGCCUUUAUUUCAUCGCCCCGACGGGACACUCGCUGAAAUCCCUGGACCUGGUGACGAUGAAGAAGCUCGACAGCAAGGUCAACAUCGUCCCCAUCAUUGCCAAAUCAGACGCCAUCUCCAAGAGCGAACUGGCCAAGUUCAAAAUCAAAAUCACCAGUGAGCUGGUCAGCAACGGGGUCCAGAUUUACCAGUUCCCCACCGACGACGAGUCUGUGGCAGAAAUCAACUCCACCAUGAAUAGCCAUCUGCCCUUCGCCGUGGUGGGGAGCACAGAGGAGGUGAAGAUCGGGAACAAAAUGGUGAAGGCCCGGCAGUACCCCUGGGGAACGGUGCAGGUGGAAAACGAAAACCACUGUGAUUUUGUGAAACUCCGAGAAAUGCUCAUCAGAGUGAACAUGGAAGACCUGCGAGAACAGACCCACACGCGCCACUAUGAGCUCUACCGCCGAUGCAAACUGGAGGAAAUGGGCUUCAAGGAUACAGAUCCUGACAGCAAGCCUUUCAGUCUGCAGGAGACGUACGAGGCAAAGAGGAACGAGUUCAUGGGCGAGCUGCAGAAAAAGGAAGAAGAAAUGAGGCAGAUGUUUGUCCAGAGAGUUAAAGAGAAAGAAGCUGAGCUCAAGGAAGCAGAGAAGGAGCUGCACGAGAAGUUCGAUCGCUUGAAGAAGCUGCAUCAGGACGAGAAGAAGAAGCUGGAGGAGAAGAAGAAGAGCCUGGACGACGAAGUCAACACGUUUAAACAGAAAAAGACUGCAGCAGAGCUCUUGCAGAACCAAGCUCAGCAGGCAGGGGGCUCCACCACGCUUAAAAGGGACAAAGAGAGGAAAAAUUAACUCCUCCCACACUUGAUGCAUGCUGCAUGAGGCUCCUUUUCUGCUUCUUUUAAUCUGUCUUGACCACCUGGAGAGGGGAUUGCAGCUUCAGCAAGAACUAAGCACCCUUUACCUCUUCCUGCUUUUUUUUCUCGUUGUAUCAGCCUUUUUAUUCUCCUUACCGCAUCUUCCUUUUGUUUGAUAUGGCCUUAUGUGGACUCGCAUGGUAUUUCUGGCCACCUAGUGAAGCUCUAAAACCAGGGACAGAUUAAAAUCUGCUUUUAUGUCUUAAUGUACAUAGAGAGACUCUUAUAGCUAGAAGAUUUCGGGGGGGGUUCACACAUGUUCAGGAUUCACGGGUAAAAUCAUUUAAGUGAUCUUUUUUUUUUUUAUUAUUACUCAACAUGGCCUGCACUAUGCACUCAUUUAAAAGGGUUCAAAAUGUGAAAUGCAUAUUAAAUUCAACUAGAGAAAUGUUUGUGCGGUUGAUUGGAUGAAAUCAGGAAUAAAUGAGCAGAAGUCUUUUAAAAAUAAAACCCCUUUUUUCUCCACUUCAAAAUAAACUAGUCCAAAAAAAUGCCAAAGCAGUUGUUACGGUUCCCAUGUUCAGGUAUCACCAUUAAAUACCAUGGAGAUAGUCACAUGUCAGGGGCUUUUACUACACGUUGUGCUUUAAAAUUAACCGGUCUACUCUAUAUUUUGCAUGCAUCUUUUAUUUAAGUUUCAUAACUGCUGUGAUCUUUCUGGUUAUUUCUCCCUGAACAUCUGAGCUCUGCAGUCUGUUCCUUUCAUUGAUGUUUUCUUAAAAAAAAUAUAAAAAAAAAGUUAUGGUGCAUUUAUUCAUUGUAUAUUUGCUCUGUCCCAUGAUUUCAGCUCCCAAUUUGCCAAAUGACUUGAACAGAUACCCAGAUAAAGAGUAUUAAAAAUACUCGCCCAUUUAUAUAAUUUAUAAGGAUAUAUUUUGUGUAUUGAAGUGGAGAUUUGUUGUUUAUUACCUAUGAUGUUUGGAUGUGGUUCUUCGGAGUGUAAAGGUGACAUUUUGGUGUCAGGAGUUGCCAUACAUGUUUUUUCUAGUAUCUGCCAUUACCACUUGUUGUUAAAACCUCUAUUACACUACAAAUGAUUCAGUAUCUUGCUUUAGUUUGAGUCCAUUGAUGUACAUUUUGAAUAAUAAAAAAAUAAACCCAA